GCUCGCGCUCCCGCCCUCUCGCUGUGCUGGGCUGAGUCAGUCAUUCUGUCGGAGUCUGUCUUCGGAGCAGGAGGAUCGAAGGGAUUUCGAAGAACCCCCCGUCCUAUUAUUUUCUUUCCCCUCCCUCUCUCCCGCCCCACAUCUCUCUUCACCCCUGUCUCGCCCUUGCGCAGCCAUGGCGGACCUGUCGGCGGCCACUCAAUCCCCGUCAGUCUCCUCGUCGUCCUCUGGGGCCGAGCCCUCCGCUCCCGGCGGCGCCGGGAGCCCGGGAGCCUGCCCCGCCCUGGGGGCGAAGAGCUGCGGCUCCUGUGCGGAUUCCUUUGUUUCUUCCUCUUCCUCUCAGCCUGUAUCUCUAUUUUCGACCUCACAAGAGGGAUUGAGCUCUCUUUGCUCUGAUGAGCCACCUUCAGAAAUUAGGACUUCUUCCUUUUUCUCAUCUUCUGAAAUACAUAACACUGACCUUACAAUAUUACAUGGAGAACAAAGCAAAGUGUUAGGCAGCCAGACUAUUUUGGCUGAAGAAGGAAAAGGAAAAGGCUGCUUGGCUCUUCUAGAUGUGAAAAAGAUGGAAAAGUCUCCGGGGACCAGUAAAGACGGAGCCAACUCCCCCGUUUCUAUUGCAGAAGGAGGUCACUGUAACCGUCCUUCCAUUCCAGCCAGUUUCCCAGAUCGUCCUGCUUUUCUCUCUAAAGAGGUUGUUCAAAUGCAGGAGCAAAUAAGUGAAGAUCAAGAGUCCAAGAACCCAAGUGAGAUACCAAGUAGGGACAACAAAACAGCCUUGGAUGCUGAUGGCAAGUUCAUCGCACUAACAGCCCAGAAACCAACCACCGAGCAGUCUAAGGCAGAAGGCAUUUGUACAUACUCCUUGUCCCCAUGCAAAGUUUCAGCAGGUGGUAUUAUUGAAAAGGAUUCCCCUGAAUCACCAUUUGAAGUAAUUAUUGACAAAGCAGCAUUUGACAGAGAAUUUAAAGAUGCAUAUAAGGAGAGCGCAAAUGAUUUUAGUAGUUGGGCAAUGCACACUGAUAGAGAGUCAUCUGCAGACAUUUCAGAGUCCAAUGACAAAGUAUUUCCACUAAGAAAUAAAGAGGCCGGGCGUUACCCAACCUCUGCAUUGCUCACUAGACAGUUUUCACACACAACUGCAGCAUUGGAAGAGGUGUCUAGAUGUGUGAGUGAUAUGCAUAACUUUACUAAUGAAAUAUUGACUUGGGAUUUGGUUCCCCAAGUGAAACAGCAGAGCAAUAAAUCUGACUACAUCACAAAAACUACAGGACUUGAUGUGAGUGACUAUGAUGCAAAAAUUCCCGUUGUAAAUCUUAAAACUAACACUCAUCAGAAAAUUUCUGUAUGUUCUAUUAAUGGGAGCACUACCAUCACUAAAUCAACAGGUGACUGGGCAGAAGCAUCUCUCCCACAAGAAAACGCUGUAAUUGAAAAACCUAUACCAGACUGUCUCGAUUCCACAACAGACAUCAAUAUCAAAGGUGUGCGAGACAAUGUGCAGACACAGGAUGACACACUCUCAGAGUUACCUGGGUCUCCUUUUGAGAAAUGUGUCUCUUUGGGUUGUGGAGUGACCACAGUGAAAGUGGUUUUACCUGAUGGCCACCUGGAAGGUGACAUGAACUGGCAGAGCUCUGUGUUGGGAGAAGGGACAGAGGCUGAUAGUUCUGGUGAGUCUGAUGACACAGUAAUAGAGGACAUCACAGCUGAUAUUUCAUUUGAAAGUAACAAAAUUCAGGCUGAAAAACCCGUUUCCAUUUCAAGUGCUAUUGUAAAAGCAGAUGAAAGAGAAAUCAGAGAGAUUCUCCAUUAUAACAGGGAAAUCAAAACAUUUGAAAACUUUGAAGAGUUGAUCAGUGACUCUGAGCCGAAAGUUCAGCCUGAUGUUCUCAAAAAGAGUCCAGCUGGUAUGGUGGCUUGUUCCCAAGCAUGUGAUAUGAAUGUCAUGUCAGGAGAUGUGAAGCAGUCGCAUAGAAUGAGUGAAAAUAUUCCUGGAAAGGUUGUUACCACUGAGGACCCAAAACUUCCUUCAGCAUUUUCAAAUAUUUUUAAUAAGAUGGAACUCUCACUAAAUGUGACAGGCUCUGCCUCUUUGGAGUCAUUACAUGAAAAAAGUAUUAAAGAUGUAGAUGAUUCUUCCCCAGAGGACCUGAUAGCAGCCUUGACAGAAACCAGGGAGAAAGGAAUAGUAGAUAAAUGUGAAGGAAAUGCAUUUGAAGCAACGUCAGAGAAGACUACAGAGUUCAAAACAGCUCUUCCUGUAAAAGUCUUGCUUGAAAGUGAGUCAGGUGGUUCCGAAAUUAAAGACAUAAAAAGCAAGUACUCUGAACGAAACAAAGAAACAAGUGGAAGUGAGCUUCUGGAUGUUUUCUCCACCCAAGGAUCUUCAGUAGCAUCUCUUGACUUAGAACAGGAAUGGCUCACAAUCAAAGCCCUUAAAGAAGUGAGUGAAAGGCAGGUGGAGAAGUCGGCUCCUGCACAGGAUCAAGUAGAAUCUCCUUCUAAAGAAAUACUCAGACAGACUCACACAUUUGCUCCAGAAUCUUCUCAGCCACAGAGAUUUUGUGGUGUCCCAGAACACACAGAUGUCGAGACUGGAUCUGAUCUCGGGAUUUCCAAAAAGCCCACUGUUAUCAAAGAAACUACUAGUGUAGAUUUUAUUUCCAGCCUUAGCAAGACUGAACUGGUAGACAAGCAUGUCCUAGCAAGACUUCUGACAGACUUCUCAGUGCAUGAUCUGAUUUUCUGGAGAGAUGUGAAGAAGACCGGGCUUGUCUUUUGCACCACGCUGAUCGUGCUGCUUUCCCUGGCAGCUUUCAGUGUCAUCAGUGUGGUUUCUUACCUUAUCCUGGCUCUUCUCUCUGUCACCAUCAGCUUCAGGGUCUACAAGUCUGUCGUCCAAGCUGUACAGAAGUCAGAAGAAGGCCAUCCAUUCAAGGCCUACCUGGAUGUAGACAUUACUCUGUCCUCAGAAGCUUUCCAUAACUACGUGAAUGCUGCCAUGGUGCACAUCAACAGGGCCCUGAAACUCAUUAUUCGUCUCUUUCUGGUAGAAGAUCUGGUUGACUCCUUGAAGCUGGCUGUCUUCAUGUGGCUGAUGACCUAUGUUGGUGCCGUUUUCAAUGGAAUCACCCUUCUGAUUCUUGCUGAACUGCUCAUUUUCAGUGUUCCAAUUGUCUAUGAGAAGUACAAGACCCAGAUUGAUCACUAUGUUGGCAUCGCCCGUGAUCAGACCAAGUCGAUUGUUGAAAAGAUACAAGCAAAACUACCUGGAAUCGCAAAGAAAAAGGCAGAAUAAGUACAUGGAAACCAGAAAUGCCACAGUUACUAAAACACCAUUUAAUAGUUAUAACGUUGUUCCUUGUACUAUGAAGGAAAGUGCUCAGUGUCAGCUUGAGCCUGCAUUCCAAGCUUUCUUGUUUUUUCAUUUUGGUGUUUCCCCCUCCUUUCCCUUUACCUGCAGUAUCAAGCACAAGAAUUGCUGGACUAAAAAAUGAACUGAUAUCUUAGAACCCAAAAGAAUACAGACAGAAUCAGUUGAAUGGGAUAAAUCAGUAAUGGUGGUGGAGCCUUUAUGUGUAGCUUGAAAAGGGAAAGAUUGGAGGGUAAAGGAGAAAAAGAAAGAGAAAACACCUCUCAGGUUCUUCUAUUUAAUUUGCAAAGCUAUGUAAUUUUCUUACAUAGCUCCCCAUCACAAUUUUGCCCUUAUUUUUAAGUGAAGAAAUAAUGGUUAACUUAAGAAGGAAUUAUCUGGGGACAAGAUUGGGAUUCCUUCCCAUGCGCUUGUGGAUUUUGCAGUCCUUGAUGCCAUCUUCCUGCCCCGCAGUGUGAGCAGCUACUCCUCAUACUCCUCUUCGCAUAUAGAUAUAACUUUCAACUCUGGAUAACUUAUAGGUGAUAGUAAUGAUUCCUGAUUACCAGAAUGCCCUCUGAUAGCCAAGAACGGAGACAGGGGGACUGCAUGAGCUCUGCUGCCCACUCCUUGCUCGAAGGAGAGGCUCUGCCAUUUGGGAGGUGUGUCUGGGCCGUUUGGACACCAGUUCUAGCUUCAGUUGGAGAACUCUUCCCGAACGUGCUUUCCUCCCUCUCCCCUACCCACCUCACCUCAAGUUUAAUAAAUAUGGUUGUACUUUUCUUAUUA